GUGCUGUUGUUGUUUAUUUUAAUCCUUCGGACUUUCGUGUGCGUGUGUGGUUGUAAGAAGUCACGGACAGCUUCAAGGUGUGGGUUUUAUUGUUGUGCUUUUUCGGCUGUGUUUGAAACAGAUCAAUCGCGUCAAAGCACAAAGAGCCAAGACGUAGAAAAACAUAAGCUGGGAGUUGUUUUCGCUUUUCGUCGUUGUCACAGUCGGUCGGUAGUGCUUAGAAUUCGAGAGGCAGCGUAGCAGCAGCAGCAGCAGCAGCGCAAUAUUUUCACUAAAAGAAGCGAACGCGAACGGAACGAAUCGGUGCAAAUCAGUGAUCAAAAUUGUGAAGGGGUAAACACAAAAGCAAACCACCUAUACUAUGGCCAUCAGUCUUAGUUUGGAGGAUGGUGCCCCGGAGAACUUCAGGACAUCGAUUUUAAACGAUGAGUACGGUUUGCACCUGAGCGUUUGUACCGUUCAGUGUCCACUAUGCAGAAACCAGAAGCUUCACUUCCAUUGCGAAAGAUGCGUUCGCAAUGGAGAAUUUAUGCACUCGACGCACCAUAUCAUGGAGAGAUUCUCCGAGAAACGUCAUCGCCAAAAGAAUCUCAUGGCCGCAAUUGGCACACUGGAGAGCAAAAUCGAACCGCUUAUAAUGCGCCGGAAGCUCAACUGCCAGCUGCGGGAGGAGAUAAAGCAAACUUCGGAACGGAUUUCCUAUGUUCGGUGUUUGAUGGCCGAAAAGCGGGACAACCUAAGCCGUUUGCAGGCGCUCAAAAAGGAGCUGCACGAGUCGAAUCGACUCCUGCGGAUGAAGCUGCCCCGCUGCGAUGUUAAGGUGAAAACGAUGGGCGGAUAUGUGAGUGCGAAGCUGGAGGAAAGUGAAAGGCGACGAGCUCAGCUGACGGAGUUGCAGGAAAAGCUGAAACAACUCAAGCGGGAUAGUGUCGAGAAGUUGGUUAAAUAUAUCUUUCCGAUUUCACGCGCCAUCAGCAACAAAAGUAGCUUAUCGAGUAGCGACGGGGAGACCAAGAAUACGAUAAUCGAAAUAUCGGAAGCAAGCAGGACGGCCUACGUGCGGGGGAAAUGGAUUCUCCAGGAUAGUUUCGGCGAGGUUCAGCACAUCAUUGUGGCUCCCACGUUGCCGGGUAAUGGUAAUUACUCCAUGUACCAUGACUGGGGCAUUAUGAGGGCUGCUUCGGAUGCCAAUUUCAAUGGGAAGAGUGGCGACGACGCAAUUAAGUUGGUGGGAAGCCGGAAUCCUGCGCAUAUAAUUGCAGCUGCUUUGACCUACACUACUCAGCUAGUUCAGAUCAUUUCAUUCUAUCUGGAUGUUCGCACACCUUACAAGUUAUCGUACAGUGACUUCUGUACAACUGCUCUCUCCGAAACACAGUUCAAUAGGAAGGUUGCACGCCUGAAUGCAAAUAUUUUGUACCUGUGUUACACACAAGGCUGUCGCCUGGGCGAAGCGCGGCCGACACAAACCCUCAAAAAUAUCCUGCGGUUGUUAAAUCCGUCGCAGUCUGAUCUUGGUCGGUUUGGACCAACGGACAGAAAUUUUUGUCUGAACGAAUUGGCAGAGUCCGUCUUGACGCAGCAUUUGGGAGGAGGAGGAGACGAUUCAGACUCGGAUGAUGAACUAAACAUUCGCCAGGAGUGGGAAUCCAUUCCCAGCAAUCUCCCGCAAGCAUCGGAAACCAACGCAAUGCUACUGGCUGGGCCGGGUAGCGGCGGGGGUUACAUUGCCUACGGCAAUACCUAUCAUUACCAUCAACCACAGCACCAGGUCACCACGACCAGUCUGGUGACAAGUGCGGUCGCCUCGGUGACUUCGUUCUGGAAGGGCUGGACCGGAAAAUAAAGGCAGAGCGACCGAGCAAUACCAAGACGAUACCAAGAAGCUGCGCUUUUUCUUUCGACAAGAUUAUUUGCUAAAACACGUAUGAAAUGUGAUAUGUAAGCUGAUACUAGAGGAGCGUUUGGAAUAUUGAUGGAGGUACACUCCCUUCCCAAAAGCCAGGUAAAUCUGUGUGAAAUGUUAGCUGUUGUCAGCUAUAGAUGUUUUAUUUUUUAAGAAUCGUAGAUGUUAAUAGAAAGCCGUCUAGACUGCAUUUUUUCAAAGCUAAAUCUGCGCAAA